ACACUCUCAUUGCUGAUGCACAGAUCUGCUCGCUGAUUUGAGCGCGGCAGCAUUUCAGUGUUAUUGAAUUGAAGGCUUGGGAGAAACUACUAGUUGCAACGAAAAUGUAAACGUAAAAAGUACAGGGGUUUUUCUCCGACCAUAAAUCAGGAGAUGUAAAAUUACACAAAAUUAUCUGGAAUGCAUCAAAUGAGAUGCACCAGAGCCGGUGGUCUAGGAAGUUUCAGACCUUCAGUUUCAAUUCUGUAAACUCCACAAUGCCAUGGGAAGCUGGGGACUUGUCUGGUUUAAGUUCCCUGAGGGCGAGGGCACGGUCCCUCCGUCCCAGCAGUUGCUGCGAAGGCGUUUUUGAGCGGGACGCCUCGCAGGGCGGUGUCGCGGUGCAGAGCCGUGCCGGGGCGCGGCGAUUCUCUCCGCCCGCGGGGAGGAGGAGCCCCGGGGUUGGCCGGGCGAGCUGUGGGGGUGUGUGUGUGCCCGUGCCCGGCGGAAGCAGUCGCUCCACGUCCGGGUCGGGUGGCGGUUCGGUGUCGGGGCGAUGCCGCUGGUGGUGCUGUGCGGGCGGCCCGGCAGCGGCAAGAGCCGGCGGGCGGCCGAGCUGCGGGAGGCGCUGGGCGGCCCGGAGCGGGCGGCGCACGUCGUGGCCGAGGCGGAGGGCGGCCGGGCGGCGCUGCGGGCCGAGGUGGAGCGGCGGCUGAGCCGGCGGGACGUGGUGAUCGUGGACGCGGGCAACGAGCUGCGGAGCAUCCGCUACGAGCUGUACUGCGCGGCGCGGCAGGCGGGCACGGCGCGCUGCCUCCUGCACUGCGCCGGCGGCGCGGGCGGCCCCGACGAGCCGCCCUUCGAGGAGCCCGACCCGAGCUGCCGCUGGGACCGGCCGCUGUUCACGGUGCGCGGCGAGGAGCCGCUGCCGCUGGGCGCCAUCCGCGCCGCGCUGUUCGAGAGCGCCCCGCCGCCGCCGCACCGCUCCACCCGCACGCAGCCGCUGCAGUCCUGCGGCUUCCUGCACCAGCUGGACCGCGUCACCCAGGACGUGCUGGCCGCCGUGCUGGCCGCGCAGAGGAGCGGGGUGCAGCCCGGAGAGACCGUCCGCGUCCCCGGCGUGGCCGAGGGGCUGGUGCUGAGCCGGCCCGUCAGCGUGGCCGAGCUGAGCCGCCUGCGGAGGCAGUUCAUCAGCUACACCAAGAUGCAGCCCAGCGAUGAAAACCUGCCCCAGCUGGCCAGCAUGUUCGUGCAAUACCUGAACCGCAGCAUCCAGUGAAGUGCCACCCGUGCCACCCAGCAGUGGGGCGGUCCGGCCCCCGAGUACUCCAGCGGGGUGAAUGUGCCUUGGGGCACAGACCUGCGGAGCGCGGGUCCCGCCUGUCGGGGAUGCUCGGAUCGCUGGGCAGCAGCAGCAGCAGCUCGGGGGAGGUGGGCACCGUGUCCUGCAGCAGCCGAGCCAGCUGCAUUGCUGGGGGAUCUCCAGGGAAGCAGUUCCUCAGCCCUGCCUUCUCCCCACUGGCUUCUUGUAAAAAGGGAGCUACUGCUGCGUCCCCAAGCAAUGAAAUCUCCUGUGGAGAUGCAAACCCCAGUAAUCGAAUAGUGUGAUGUGACAGUGUAAAAGGUGAUGACUGUAGGGAAGACUUUUCCCUCCACAUUGGCAUGUGUGUGUCUGGAAUAAGAAGAUUGUUUUUCUAGAGCUGCCACCAGAAAAUGUCAAACUGCAGAAGAGACUUCAGGUCCAGAACUGGAACAGGCUGUAUUUUUAGGAUGUGACUGUUUCAAAAAAAUCUGACUCACCCAAGAGAGAUUUUCAACUUUGCACUGCAAAAGGGUGCUGGCUUAACAGACUUAAACUUCUCUGUUUCAGGUUUAAUAAUAAAAUUGUGCCUUAAAUGGAGUAAAGUCUUAAUUUACCUGCAGGACUAUUUUACUGAAAAACUUGGCCAUGUCUUUUGUCUUCAAGGUCAUUAUACACCCUUAAAACCAUCAUUUUACACCCUUAAAAACACAAGUUGCUUAAGAAUGAGUGCUGUCAUAGGAAAAAUGAGCUAAAAUGACAGAAAUAAAUGUAUUUAUUUCUGUUCUGUGUGAAACUCAUAAGUCUGUACUGGCUGUGAUGGGUAGCUAAGUUUCCAAUAAUUUUGGGUACAGCUUAUAUAAACCUCUCACUUUCUGGUGGAUGCUUCAUUCUUCAUUCUAAUAAAUGGUGGCUUUUGGUUUUAAUUUUAUGUGUAGUGCUCACUGGGAUGAAAUGGUGAAGUGGGGCAGGAAGAGUUAUUUCAGUUACAGUGUCUGUCUGUCUGGCACACCAGCUGCUAAGGGGCUUUAUGCACUGCAGAACUGAGAAAUUACUACAAAAUGUUUUUAUAUAAAUAAGUUUACUUAACAAGUCAAAAUAAAGAGAACAAAGCUGAGAAAACACAUCAAUUACCACAAACUUCUAUGAGUUCUCACUGACUAAGACUUGGUAUUUCAAGGAAGUGAGCACUUGCAUUUAAAAUCUGCUUUUAAAAUUUCUCUUUAAAAAGUGUAUGCCAGUGCUGACCACCGGACCAUUGAACUCUUUCAACGUGAAUCACUGAUCCUUGAUGAUAAGAACAAUCUUAAAUCCUGUCUUAAAUCAGCCUCUCCUCAAGAAAUAAGCAAAAGAAUUUUGGACUCUGUAGAAACAAUGAAAAGAAGUCAGAGAGAGGGCACUGAGGCAGUGCAAGCUUUACUAGGGAAAUGUGUAUUCUUGCUCCUUACUGCAAACAGUUAUAAAGUUGAUGACAUGUAGGUUAAUUGUAGAUGGCAAAUUUGUCUUUAAACAAUUCUAAAUGUUAAUGGCUUCAUUUCCACCCUUUCCUCAUUCUGAAGUUCAUUGCUGAACAUUGUUAAGUAGAGAUUUCCUUUCAUGUCUAUUUACAUCUGAAGAAAAACUCAUACAUAGUUCUGCUAGUAAUUAAUGUUGUUGUGUGCAAAGGUGUUAAUAAUUCAUGUGUAUGAAAAUUUGACUUUAUUUUUAUUCCCUAAUACCGUGCAGAGUUUACAGUCAGAGAAAGCUUACAGUUUGCUUUGCUUGGCAUAUCCUGAAAGAAGUAUACAUAUAGGAUGUUCUCUCCAGAUUCCUUCCUCUCCUCCACCUAAUUUUAGGCUGUUCUUACUCUUCUGGAAGCCAUAUCAUUAUUGUAUGGAAACAAUCUCUGGGUACUGUAGCUAGAAAAUGUAAAAUGAAUUAUUUGGAAAGAGUGAAAUCAAAAAUAACUUUGGUCCUUUUGCAUUGCAUUUUAUUUAUGCUGCAGUUCCUCACAGACCCUCUCUCCUUAGCCCUGGUACUGGACACAUCUAUCACAGUUAGUUUCAGCAUACAAAUGUGUGGGAAGCCAUGCAGGCAGCCAAAGGGUUUGCUGGGUUUUUGGGUUUGCUGGUUUGCUCAGUGAGACUUGGGCUGUAAUGGGCAGAGAUUGUCACCCACUGGAUUGUCUUAAACAGUCAUGAAAAUCCAUCCUGAGAUCUCUCAGGCAGCUGCUGUCAUUAACCAUUGCCAGUAAUCCAGGGGAAAAAAACAUGACCAGUUGUGUAUCUGAGGAAUCUAAACUAAGAAGAGAAAGUCUCCUCCUCUACACAAGCAGUUAUUGGCUGGCAGCUAUAAUAAAUUAUUUUAUCAUGUUUUAAGAUUGGGAAAACUUUCUGCAAGACAAUCGUAGAGCACUCCAUAAUCUCUUUAUAUCUUACUUAUUUCCCAUUACAUUUAGCCUUUGAGGAAGCCUUGACUAUU